UACUAUGCAAUUGGGAGAAUUGUAACAUUCUGUUGCUCAAUGUAAUUUCGUAGAUUCACGAACUCUCAAGCGAAAUGACGUAAACAGUUUCCAGAUCUUUCAUAGCAUAUUUCGAUUGGAAUUGAUAAGAAUGUCAUUCAGUCGCCAAUGGUGAGAGAAAGAAAGGAAUAGAAAUGUUAUGUUUAUAUUACGGCGAAUAGGACACAUUGGUGAGCUCAAAAUAUCGAGGAAAGAUGGAAUGCGCCGAACGGAAGUAUCUGUGUACAAUUUAAUGCUAUGCCACGGCAGUCUUACACCGCGUGCCCUGACAUUUCGUUUGUCGACGAUGUCAAAAUUGUAGGUACUGUCAUGGACACAGAUGUGGAACUUGGGAAAAGUGAAGGGUGCGAAACUAUCCCAGGCUGUUCCGGUUACUCUAGCAUGGUGCACAGUAAGAAAGUUAUUAAACAUGCGUUACGACAGCAAGCCAAACGGCGUAGGAAGAAUACGACAAUAGCGGCGGGCAAUUCCCGCGCGUUACCUAGAAUCGUUGUCAAACCGUUACCUCCACCUCCGUCAAAUGAUCCACCAUCUCCGGUUAAUAAUGUUCAACACAUCAAUACUGCAGCGGAAGAACCUGCUGCCACAAUGAGAGAAGUUUUGGCUAGUUUACCUGGAUUUAGCUUGAAGUCGGGCCGUAGGCGAUCCACAAAGAGAUUGUCAGCGACUGCACAAUUAGAAGCAGGUCUCGUGGAUUUGGAAUCUCCAGCGAGCAUAUUAGCAAGUACCAGCUUACGUGCUCUGUUAAAUAGGCAUACAUUCCAAGGCUUACCUCCACUGUAUCAAAGGAAGCUCGCACAACUGUUGCCUACUGUAGAUAGACAGGAUGCUGCAAUUUCUGGGUUAAACAAUGAAUUUUUUGCAAGAGCUUGUUUAGAAUGGCGGAAACGUUUAGCAGAAGGAGAAUUCACUCCAGAAAAUCAACAACGCCUGAAAAUGGAAGCAGAAAGAGAUAAGAAUAAGCUAGAUCCAUGGAAAGUGAAACAUUUCGAACCAAUAUGGGGAGAGAAACGAGAGCCUAAACUUAAAUCGAGUCUCCAUUAUAUUACUGAGUCACGUUCUAGUGGUGCAGUAACACGUUCAAGUUUAAGACUUCGUUUGGAAUCUAAUGUGGAUAUUCCAGCAUCAGAACAUGUCUAUCCCAUUGUAAUGACAGGAGAUAAAGUCGAUACUAGUUGUAAGACCGAAAUUAGCAUAAAGACUUCUGAUAAUUUAGCUAAUUCUGAAGAAGUGCAGCAAAAUUUAAUGGGUUUGGAUUAUAACACAUUAUCAGACAAUUUGACCGAUGAGAAACAUUUAAAUGAUUCUAUACAAAUGAAUUCUAUAGAAAUAAUAGAAGAUAUUCAAAUACAUGAAACUAAAACGGAAGGAACUGAGAAGAUCACGGAUAUUUGCAAGGAACAAGAUAUAAUUGAGACUAAUGACAUUUCGAGGCAACUUUGUCAAGAUAACAUCUCCAAUAUUUAUGAAGAAGAAACAGAUUUUUCUUCCAGUGAGAAAAAUUUGCAACCUGCAGAAAAUAAUGUAAUUGAAACAUUAGAAGAGGACACUGUACUAUUGCCCGAUGAUAAUUCAUCACCUAGAUCUAACGAACAAGUAGAACGUGUGUCACACACAUCUGGAGAAUCAAUUUCGCAGUUAUCCAAUGAAUAUGUAUCACAAACAUCUAUAGAUCAAAUAGAUCAAAUUUCAAAGGAACAGAUAUCACAAAUGUCUAAUGAUCAAAUUUAUCAGAUAUCGGAUUGCAAAACUACAAGUAUUCUUGAAAGUUCGUCUCCGAAGGAUCAAGUAAGAUCGACAGAUAUUGUUAUAGAGGAUACUAAUAUGAUGAGUAGUGAUCAAACUGAAACAGCACAUGUUUCGCACGAGAAUCCAACAGAUAGUGAAUCACAAAUUCCAGAAGGAAUGGAAAUUGAUAGUGAAACUUUACAGCGUAUUCAUGAACUCGAGGUACGAGGAGAGAUGCGCGAAAUGUAUGAAGAGAUUUCGGGAUGUCCCGAAGAGAUAAUAUAUCCUAUUCUUGAAGGAAUGGAAAUGACUUCAACCAAUACAGAGGUAACCGAACCGCAAGUAUCUGGACAAACUGAAGAUACUAGGGAAACAGAUGUAAAUGCCGGUAAUGAGGAUGAAGCUCUCCGGGAGGCAAAUAAUUACGUCUGUUCUGAAAUGCUAGAAUGCAGUUGGACGGUGGAUCCGACCAUUAAUAAUAUCAAUAAUAAUAGAACGCAAGAGGAGCUGCAGGUACCUUGGCCUUUGGUGGCAGCUGCUCUUGAUGGAUCCGUAGCAGCUAAUAUUACAGUAACAACGCAGGAUGAAUGCAGCGAGACCUCUACAACAACCGACUCUACGACUUCUUCACAACAGUUUAUUAACGCGAAUACCAAUGUAGAAUCCGUUAACUGUAUUCAAUUACCGGUUGUUCAAGGAACUACGUUUCAAUCCGACGGCUUGGCUAUCAGCACGCCGGGAAACAGCUGCGUUAUGAAGAACUUACAAUCGCAAAGUCCACCGAUUAUCACAUUUCCACAAUUGCAGUCUAUCAGAUUUGUGCAAACCAGUUUUAAUCCAGAGCAAGAUGCAACGUCUUUGCUCACAAAUAACUCGCCUACAAUCUCAGCGCAGCUUCAGCCUCAACAAAGUACUACCGCGCAAAUAAAUAUGAUACGAACGCAGGAUACUAUCACUCAAAUAAAUACUCAAAAUAGUAAUACAUGCAAUAAUGUAAAUCAGAAUGCCAUUGUGACGCAAGGUCAAGUACAAAAUACUUUGUCAACUACGAUGGGAAUACAAUCUCAAAAUCGUACACAGAAUGCGAUUGUUAUUCAACAUCAGACUGCUGCUUCAGCUCAACCUCGACAAAUUGCAGCUGCUAUGCAUCAACAGCAGCAGCAGCAGCAACCACAGCAGCAACAACCACAACAACAACAGCAAUAUGCCGGAUCAUCGGUAACAAUCCCGUCGCGAUCAUCGCGCGUGUCUAAUCAAGGCAGCCAAAGAGGCUCCAGAAACAAUAAAGAACAAGGAGGAAGUAGAUCCAGAAGUUCUACAAAAGAGCCUCCAGGCGCUGUCAAUUUGGAGCGUAGUUAUCAGAUAUGUCAAGCGGUUAUACAAAGUUCACCAAAUAGAGAUCAAUUAAAAGCUCACUUAAAACCACCACCUAGUUUACUUGCAAGAGGAGACGGUGCAUUCACAACCAGUAAAUCUGGUGGACGCACUUUAACAACUGUCAAACCUCAGAAAACGCAACAAGCGAUACAACAUAACAAACAAGCUCAAAAUAAAACACAAGCAGUUAUGCUGAGACAUGUAUUUGCUACAGCGCGUCAAGCUACAUCAACGGAGGUUACAGAAAGCACUCCUAUAGCGCAACUUGGUUCCUCCACCAGUAACAAUUUCGGGCAAUACAUACUUGUACAAAGGACAGGAGUUGGGGAUGGCGCACCAAGGGCGUCAUCCGCUCCCCCGUUACCGCCGCAGAUUGCAGGGAUGGGCGUCGGGGUCCAUUUAGUGCGAGGAAGACCAGCGAGUGCGGGAGAAGGCUCUCAUCAAGCUGUUACUCUGAAAGCGAGAGGUGCGGAUAGCAGAGUGACGGGCGGUGCGGAGCCCGGUGCACCUGGCAUGAUAAUCGGCGGUGACCCACCACCCCCAUGUGAAUGUAAUAUGCGAGGAGCCAUGUUUUUUGGGAUGCAUGAAUAAGACACAUAUACUCUCUCUGACACGGAGAUUGACAAUUGGAUAUUAAUUGUAAGCAUUAGUAUUUGAAAUCAAGUAUGCAUGGGAUAUGUAUUUGUUUAUACUAGUUCUCUUUUAAUUUUAAUAUAAAAUAUCUCAAAUGAUUUUUAUUAAAUUCUUUCACAAUUUUCUUCAAAAAUGUCAAACAGAAUAUUUAAUAUGAUUAAAUUGAUAUAAAUAACGCCAUUUAUCGAGAAUAUUUGUUAAAAAAGUAAAGGUUUAUUUUGUGUGAUAAAGAAACAUAUUUAAUAUAAUUUGUAAUAAUUAAUUUUAUCAAUUUUUACUAUAAAAUAUUUUAGAAAGAACUCAUGUAUUUUGAGAAUUUAAUAUUUUAUUUCGACAAGGAUCUAAUGCACAUAUAUGUUACAGAAUCAGUCAGCAUUCUUUCGCCAAGUUGCCAAGCUUUGUACUAGUAAACAUGUAUAUAUUUAGAUAAAAAAUUAUUGUUUGCAUUUCGUAUUACUAGAAAAUUAUACACACAUAUACAUACAAAAAUAAGAAAAAAAUGACAAAACAGUAGAAAAUGUGACUGAGAUCAAAUGGAUUACAAUGAUGCAGUGUUGUGUUAGAAUAUGUUUUAUGUAAAUUAUAUAUUCAUUCUAUUUUAUCUCUCCCUGUAUAUGUAUAUAAUCAUCAUUAGAUUCUCCUGUCAUAUUAUUGUUACAAUCUUAUAACUAUUGAAGAUUUUGAGGCAAUAAUAUGCUAAGUGACACGAUGUGCUAGAUCUUAAGCUUACAUUUAUUUGCUUGCUCCUUUGUGUUGUGAAUGAAAGCAUCUACACUUCUUGAAAGAAAAAAUAUAUGAAAAAAUAAGUUCAAAAAUUUCUUUCUCUGCUGUAUAUCUGCGAAAUUUAUCGUGUGUGACUUAACGUGUUAUCAUCCCAUCAACUUUUAUGCUUAACAGAAUUUAAGAAAUAUGCAUUACAUUGUGUCAUACUUUUUCUAAAUAUGUUUAAUUAUGUUACUUUUAUCGAUAUUGGUUAUCUAUCAUAUGCCGCCAUGAUUAUAAUGUUAAUUUUUCAUUAAUAAUAAUAGUAAUUAUAUAUAUA